UGCUGGAGGCGCCAUUGGAGCCGGCUUGGCUUGCGAGCUCCGCUGAGGGGCCGGAGGUUGGGCCGUAGUUACCUCCGCGUCCGCUCCUGGUUCCUGGCCCGUCAGCGGCAUGGCGUGCGGGGCGACGUUGAAGCGGCCCAUGGAGUUCGAGGCGGCGCUGCUGAGCCCUGGUUCCCCGAAGCGGCGGCGCUGCGCCCCUCUGCCUGGCCCCACUCCGGGCCUCAGGCCCCCGGACGCUGAGCCGCCGCCGCUUCUCCAGACGCAGACCCCACCGCCGACUCUGCAGCAGCCCGCCCCACCCGGCAGCGAGCGGCGCCUUCCAACACCGGAACAAAUUUUUCAGAACAUAAAACAAGAAUAUAGUCGUUAUCAGAGGUGGAGACAUUUAGAAGUAGUUCUUAACCAGAGUGAAGCUUGUACUUCGGAAAGUCAGCCUCAUUCCUCAGCACUCACGGCACCUAGUUCUCCAGGUUCCUCCUGGAUGAAGAAGGACCAGCCCACCUUUACCCUCCGACAAGUUGGAAUAAUAUGUGAGCGUCUCUUAAAAGACUAUGAAGAUAAAAUUCGGGAGGAGUAUGAGCAAAUCCUCAAUACCAAACUAGCAGAACAAUAUGAAUCUUUUGUGAAAUUCACACAUGAUCAGAUUAUGCGACGAUAUGGGACAAGGCCAACAAGCUAUGUGUCCUGAAGCUUUCUUGCAUAUCUGGUACCAGGUUUGACCUCAAGAGAUGGCUGCUGUACACUUUUUGCAACUGGUUUGAUAUCACAUUUCAGCUCCAACUUUGCAUCCUGAGAACACUUAAACGUUUCUGCA